AACCUAUUCUCAUACGAGCACUUGGGGUUUCGUGUAAAUCAACCAGACGUUCUGUCAUUCACCAGCAAUAUCUCUCCAUAAUAUUCUACACCCAUGUGCCUUCAUGAAAUAUUUCACUAUGUCUGUGGAAGAAACAUUCCAAUGAAUGUGCUUUUUCAGGGAUGGUGACACCAGAAUGUUUUAAAUCUGUUCAUUACCACAACAAGGAUAAAUGGCAUUUCUGCCAAAGACUUUUGAUAACGGGUACAGUAAUGCAUGUCAGCACCUUCUGAAAUGAAAGGUUCUACCCUGAGAGAAGCACAGCUGGGAUCUUGGACGUAGUAGGUGCGCAGCAUCUAUUACCUGAAACAAUCAAAUUCCAAGAAGCAAUGAGUAUUCUUUCUGACUUGGGAGCUCAUCUCCAGAGGCAAAACUGUGGAGGAGACACAUUCCUAAUGACGCAGAGGGAAUCAGGCCUUUCACAUUAACCUUCCCAGGAAAAAUUUUAAAAUUCUACUGAAAUAGAAUUGAGUUCAAGCAAAAUAAGAAGCCUAGAAUAUACGCUGCAUGAGUCAAGAUCUUGGUUUUGUCCACUGACAUAGCCUCUGAUUCAAGAAUGACAUUUGACACAAAGUAGACAAGUUCAUUUUAAUUUUCUGCGAAGGAUUUACCAAUGAAAUACAAAAACCUCAGGAUGCAGAGAGACCAAUAGAAUUUACACAAAAAUUUCUACUGAAUGGAUUUCCCCACCUUCUUGGUGAUUGUACACCUGCCUUCCUUAUAAGGAGAACAAGGAAGUAAAUCAUGUUGAAGUUGCUUUUAAACACAGCUUUUCUUCUUUACCUGUCCAGCAAGAACUGAAACGAAUGGGGAUUGAACUGCUUUGCCUGUUCUUUCUAUUUCUGAGAAGCAAUGAUCGCGUACAAGGUGGCUGUGCCUUGGGAGGUGCAGAAACCUGUGAAGACUGCUUACUCAUUGGACCUCAGUGUGCCUGGUGUUCUCAGGAGAAUUUUACCCAUCCAUCUGGAGUUGGUGAAAGGUGUGAUACCCCAGCAAAUCUUUUAGCUAAAGGAUGUCAAUUAACCUUCAUCGAAAAUCCUGUCUCCCAAAUAGAAAUACUUAAAAAUAAGCCUCUCAGUGUAGGCAGACAGAAAAAUAGUUCUGACAUUGUUCAGAUUGCACCUCAAAGCUUGAUUCUUAAAUUGAGACCAGGUGGAGAGCAGACCCUGCAAGUGCACGUCCGCCAGACAGAGGACUACCCGGUGGACUUGUAUUACCUCAUGGACCUCUCCGCCUCCAUGGACGACGACCUCAACACAAUAAAAGAGCUGGGCUCCCUGCUUUCCAAGGAGAUGUCUAAAUUAACUAGCAACUUUAGACUGGGCUUUGGCUCUUUUGUGGAAAAACCUGUUUCUCCUUUUAUGAAAACAACACCAGAAGAGAUCGCCAACCCUUGCAGUAGUAUUCUGUACUUCUGCCUACCAACAUUUGGAUUCAAGCACAUUUUGCCAUUGACAAAUGAUGCCGAAAGAUUCAAUGAAAUUGUGAAGAAUCAGAAAAUUUCUGCCAAUAUUGACACACCUGAAGGUGGAUUUGAUGCAAUUAUGCAAGCUGCUGUGUGUAAGGAAAAAAUUGGCUGGCGGAACGAUUCCCUCCACCUCCUGGUCUUUGUGAGUGAUGCUGAUUCUCAUUUUGGAAUGGACAGCAAACUGGCAGGCAUCGUCAUUCCUAAUGAUGGGCUUUGUCACUUGGACAGCAAGAAUGAGUACUCCAUGUCAACUGUCUUGGAAUAUCCUACGAUUGGACAACUUAUUGAUAAACUGGUACAAAACAACGUGUUAUUGAUCUUUGCUGUAACCCAGGAACAAGUUCAUUUAUAUGAGAACUAUGCAAAACUUAUUCCUGGAGCUACAGUAGGACUGCUUCAGAAGGACUCUGGAAACAUUCUCCAGCUGAUCAUCUCGGCCUAUGAAGAACUGCGGUCUGAGGUGGAACUGGAAGUUUUAGGAGACACAGAAGGACUCAAUCUGUCAUUCACAGCUAUUUGUAACAACAAUACCCUCUUCCCCCACCAAAAGAAAUGCUCUCACAUGAAGGUGGGAGACACAGCUUCAUUCAAUGUGACUGUGAGUGUACCAAACUGCGAGAGAAGAAACAGGCACAUUGUCAUAAAGCCUGUGGGGCUGGGAGAUGCCCUAGAAAUACUCAUCAGUCCGGAAUGCAACUGUGACUGUCAGAAGGAAGUGGAAGUGAACAGCUCCAAAUGCCACAAUGGGAAUGGCUCCUUCCAGUGUGGGGUGUGUGCCUGCAACCCCGGCCACAUGGGUCCUCGCUGCGAGUGUGGCGAGGACAUGCUGAGUACAGAUUCCUGCAAGGAGGCCCCAGAUCAUCCCUCAUGCAGUGGAAGGGGUGACUGCUACUGUGGGCAGUGCAUCUGCCACUUGUCCCCCUAUGGAAACAUUUAUGGGCCUUACUGCCAGUGUGACAAUUUCUCCUGUGUGAGACACAAAGGGCUACUGUGUGGAGACAACGGUGACUGUGACUGCGGUGACUGCGUGUGCCGGAAUGGCUGGACUGGCGAGUACUGCAACUGCACAACCAGCACGGACUCGUGCGUCUCUGAAGAUGGAGUGCUCUGCAGUGGGCGAGGGGACUGCGUCUGUGGCAAGUGUGUUUGCACAAACCCUGGAGCCUCAGGACCAACCUGUGAACGAUGUCCUACCUGUGGUGACCCCUGUAACUCUAAACGGAGCUGCAUUGAAUGUCACCUGUCUGCAGACGGCCAGGCCCGAGAAGAGUGCGUGGACAAAUGCAAACUAGCUGGUGCAACCAUCAGUGGAGAAGAUUUCUCAAAGGAUAGUUCUGUUUCCUGCUCUCUGCAGGGAGAAAAUGAAUGUCUUAUUACAUUCCUAAUAACUACAGAUAACGAAGGGAAAACCAUCAUUCAUAGUAUCAACGAAAAAGAUUGUCCAAAACCUCCAAACAUUCCUAUGAUCAUGUUGGGGGUUUCGCUGGCUAUUCUUCUCAUCGGGAUUGUCCUACUGUGCAUUUGGAAGCUGCUGGUGUCAUUUCAUGAUCGUAAAGAAGUUGCCAAAUUUGAAGCAGAACGAUCAAAGGCCAAGUGGCAAACGGGAACCAAUCCACUAUACAGAGGCUCUACUAGUACUUUUAAAAAUGUAACCUAUAAACACAGGGAAAAGCAAAAGGUAGACAUUUCCACAGAUGGAUAGAACUACUUUAUGCAUGGAAGAAGUCUGUUUCACUGAUAUGAAAUGUUAAUGCACUAUUUAAUUUUUCUUUCUUUGUUGCUUCAAAAUGAGGUUGGUUUAAGGUAAUAACAGGUCAUUUGGAGAUCAGUCAUUCUCUGUAUGAAGGUGAGAGACUAUGUUGGCAGGUUCAAAAUACUUAAGAAGAGGAAUGUCCUUAGCAGAGAGGUGACUUUGGGGAUCAUUUGAGGAAUACUAACUCUGUUGCAUUAAUGCCUCAAAAAAUCAUCAAAAUGAUUCAUGGGGGCCUGAUUUGAAUUUGAAAAAUGUUUGAAAUUAGAGUCUCAUUUGUUUCAGGAAUACAGCUACCUGAAGUCUUUGUCUCAGCAAAGUCACAAAGGCCAUAUGCUCACAUUGUAUACCCAUACUUGCCAAUUAAUUCUAAACUUACAGUAAAUCUGCCCUUUCCUGAAGGAGGAUUUUUUUAAAAGCCUAUGAGAACUAAGAUUCUGAUUUUACUUAAGUUGAGAGGAUGCAGUUCUUCCAAAGAUAUCCCAAAUGUAAGAUUUAAAAUUAAUUGUAUUAAUAAUUUCUGUGAAUUUGUAUGCACCUCAGAGUCAGGUACACAAACAAGUAUUUUAUUUGUUUUACAGAUGAAGAAGUAAUUUAUAAAUUAGGAAGUCACCAGUUAAAAACAAAAAUAACAAUGCUAUCAUUUAGCUUAUUUUUAAAUUACCUGAAAAAUUAUCUUCUAUGCUCAGUUUCCUUCUUGACCCUGAGUGUUCAAAUUAUUACUUCUCCCAUAUUUCUCAAUCAAUUUCAUUCAGUUUCACAUUCAAGAUUUCAAGAUUUUAAGAUUUAACUUGCAAAAUACAUGUGGACAAUUAAGGAUCCAUCAGUUUAUUGAAGAGAUAAACUCUACAGAAUAUUAUUUCUUAUGGUUUCUACUGUUUUACAAAGCACUUUCAUCUCAUUUGAUCCUCAUAUGGAAACUAAGGCUCAGAGAGUGAGUAGAAGAACUGGGUUCAGAAUGUAGAUUUUCUGAUCUUCUCUCCUCCAGCCACUGCACGAGAAUGCCUCUUUUAUCAGUAAAAUGAUACAAAGAUUGUGUUAGUUAAGCAAUAACUAUCAUUUGUUUGAAAAUGUACUGAGACUAAACAAAUAGCAUUUAAACUACUGGAGUACAGCUGAGGUGUUGUACUUUUGUGCUCAUUACCUUGGAUUAAAUUGUAAAGUGAAGCCUUUUACUAGGUGAAUAGUUCAUUAUAUAGUGGAGGCUUCGAGAUUGUCCAUUGAAUUGUCGUAGUGUAAUCUAUACGUUUCUUCAGUUCUCCCAGAUAGAUCUGUAUACAUUUGAUCACUUAAAGACUUGCUUUUUUGUGUGUGUGGUCUCUAAAUAACUCAGGUAAAUCAGAUAUUUAGUGAGUAUACAGCUAUUUGGAAAGAAUUACCAAAUGAUCACGUUGGAAAGCUGAAGGAUGAUCUACCCACUGUGUUCCUGACUGACAACCCAAACCUGGGGAAAAUCUAGAGCAACAUACAAGCUGCAAUACUGAUGACACAACACUAGCAUUCACUGUCUACGUGGGACUUAUUGUGGUGUUUUUGUAUUAUUACUGGAAUGGGAUUUUAGAAAAUAGAAGUUUCCUUUGUGUGUGUAUUCGGGAAGGUAGAGAAGAAUCUGCUCUUUCUCUGAAUCCUGUUUUGACCCAAGGCGGGACCUUGAAAAGGCCAAAACAUUAACAGUAGUACUUCUGUUCAUGGAAGAGUGAUGUUACAUGAAGAUAAAGUGGGUUUUUGUAAGUUGUUUUAUUGUAUUUUGUGUUGACAUAAAUAAACAUGGUAAUUUAAACAAUGAA